AUGGAUUGGGAGUUGAGCUCACGGGAUAAUGACCAUUGUACGGACGAGGAUGACCAUUAUACAGACGAGGAUGACCAUCAUGCGGACGAGGAUGACCAUUAUACGGACGAGGAUGACCAUUAUACGGACGAGGAUGACCAUUAUACGGACGAUGAUGAUCAUUGUAUGGACGAGAAUGACCAUUGCACCGACGGGGAUGACCAUUGUACGGACGGAGAUGAUCAUUGGACGGACGAGGAUGACCAUUGUUCCGACGAGGACGACCAUUGUACAGACGAGGAUGACCAAUAUACGAACGAAGAUGACCAAUAUGACCAUCGUACGGACGAGGAUGACCAUCGUACGGACGAGGAUGACCAUUGUUCCGACGAGGAUGACCAUUGUAUCGACGAGGAUGACCAUUGUACUAACGAGGAUGAUCAUUGUACCGACGAGGAUGACCAUUGCACGGACGAGGAUGGCCAUUGUUCCGACGAGGUUGAUUAUUGUACGAACGAGGAUGACCAUUGCACGGACGAGGAUGACCAUUGUAAGGACAAUGAUGACCAUCGUACGGACGAGGUUGAUUAUUGUACGAACGAGGAUGACCAUUGCACGGACGAGGAUGACCGUUGUAAGGACGAGGAUGACCAUUGUACGGACGAGGUUGACUGUGGUUUUGGUAAUAGAUUUUAA